UAUCCCCGGCUCAGUAGUUCAAACGCCGAUGACAGCUUUCGGAUAGAGCGAGCAAAUUGUUUCAUUUGUAGUGUAAAUUCCCGAACAAAACUAUUUGGGAACAAUAGGUGUCAUGUUUUAAGUCAAGCCGAAAGUUUUACGUUUAUAGUAUCGUGAAGGUGUUAAACAAGUGCUGUGUGUCUAGUAGGAACAUUGAACGAGAUUAGAUUUUGGCCAAACUAAAAAUAAUGUCUUCGGAGAUUCUGUUCGUCAUCGAGGGUACCGCGAUAAAUGGAGCGUAUAUAAAUGACAUGAAAAGCAACUAUAUCAUUCCGACGUUGGAAUACUUCUCCCAAAGCACAAUCAGUGACGAUCGUGUGGACAGUUAUUCUACGGAUAAGAAUGGCAAUAAAUACGCCAUUGUGCUGUACAAAACAGCUCAAAGCCUGCCGGAUGUUUGUUGUACCACUUUUGGGCACUAUAAUAGCGCUCAAAAGUUGCUAGGAGCGCUGGAGAAGUUAGAGCUAAGUGGAGAGAAGAGUGAAUCGAAUGCUAACCUGGCGGAAGGCCUCGCCACAGCGCUGGUUUGCUUCGAUGAGUUCGAUGAGGCGCGAGAAAAUGGCACCAAGUCGCACAAAUAUUGUAUUCUCAUUGCCGCAAGUGCUCCCUACUCGAUGUACGUGACGGAAUGCUACGCCUACGAGAACAAAAAUGCCGAACAGCUGGCCAGUUUGUUCCAGGAGAGAAACAUCAACCUGUCGGUUAUAUCGCCGCGAAAAAUUCCAAUUUUGUUUAAAUUAUUUGAAAAAUCUGGCGGAGAUUUAACGUCUUCUAGCACGAAGAAUUACUGCAAGGAUCCCCGGCAUUUGGUGCUUUUGAAGGGCUUCAGUCUGAAGGAACGUCCCGUUAGUCCUCCGGCUAAUAUUAGUCACAAUCCACCGAGCAGUAUGCCAAGUCCCAAUCCAAAUCAGCAGCAAGUGAGCAAUCAAAACGUAAUUGAUAAUGUUAACGCUAACCAUAUGGCUGGCAUGACAAACAACUCGGUCAUGCGUGGUUCGUUGGCAAAUCAACAAGCUGCAAUGCAGCAGCAGUUGCAGCAACAACAACAGCAACAACAACAGCAACAACAGCAGCAGCAGCAACAACAACAAUGUCGAAUGAAUUUCCCUCAAAGUCAUAUGAACAAUCAAAUGUUCCCCGGUCAGAUGCCCAAUCAACAAGGAGUUGGUGGUCUGAACUAUCAACAACAGCUCCAACAACAGCAGCAGCAACAACAACAGCAGCAGCAGCAGCAACAACAACAACAACAGCAGCAGCAGAUGCGUUGGAUGGCUCCUCCGCAAGCACAAGCUCGUAACUUCAUGCAGCCCGGAGGAAAUCAAGUACAGCAGCAACAACAGCAACAGAAUCAGAUGGUCAAUAACAAUGCUCAAUCGAAUUCUGUACUUAUCUCACAGCUCACCACUCCGUCGCAUUCGAUGAAUCCUCAGCAAAUGAGUCAGAUGAACAAUCCCCAGUUGAGGAUGCAAUUCGUCAACAACUGCGUCCAGCAGCAGCAGGGUCAACCGAAUCAACAGCAAAGUCUGAUGCAGCAACAGCAGCAGCAAAUGAUGAACCAACAGCAACAGCAAAACUUGCAAAAUCAGAUGGGAUCGCAGAUGGGUGGUCCGGUCGGUCAAAUGGUUGGUGCAAACCAGCAACAGCAAAUGCAGCAGCAGCAACAGCAACAACAACAACAACAAGCGCAACAUCAGCAGCAACAGGCUGGAAUGCAGUCGAUGCAGCAGCCACAGCAACAGCAAAUGGGUCCUGGACAGAAUCAGCAAAUGGUGCAGCAGACCUCCAGCCAGCUUCCCCGUGAACGCAUUUGGUCUGGGAUUUUGGAAUGGAUUGAAAAGCCGAACAAGAACGAUGCCACCAAGUUCACCCGACAGGUGCCCUGCUCAGUAACGGCAAACAUUCGAGAUGGAGAACCGGAGAUCAAAGCGGACAACUGGCCACCCCGCCUCAUCAUGCAGCUGAUGCCUAAGGCCCUGGUUGGAAGCGCCGGAGGGCAAUACAUCAAAGAAUCAAAAACCGUUGUCUUCAUACCGCAACAAUGUGACGCACUGGAAGCACUCUCCAAAGUCAUGGGUUCCGGAUUCGCCGGUUGCGUUCACUUCACAUCCAGUUGUGAUAUAAAGGUGCUGAUCUUGUUAUACACCGUUGAGAAGAAAGCCUAUCUCGGCUUCAUUCCGAACAAUCAGUUGGCUUUCGUGGACCGUCUCAAAAAGGUUAUUCUGCAGAACAAAAACAUGCAGGCUGCGAAUCAGCAGCAAGCCAAUCAAAAUGCUGGCAUGGGUAUGCAGGUCGCGCAGGGAGGUAUGAAUCCUCAGCAGCAGCAGCAGCAACAACAACAACAACAACAACAGCAGCAGCAACAGGUUCAACAGCAACAGCAAGCCAAUCAACAGAUGAUGGGUGGAUCUAUGGGCCCUGGUCCGGGACAGAUGGUACCUGGUCCCAGCCAAAUGGUCCCCGGCGGUAUGCAGCAAGGUCCUCGAAUGGGAAUGGUCAAUCAGAUGAAUCCUAUGGAACAGAUGCAGCAGGACCAAUUCAACAACUACGGGCAAAUGGGAAAUCAGCAGAUGCAGGACCCAAGCAUGCAAAUGUCCCAGCAGGAACAGUAUAAAAUGCUGCUCCAACAGCAGCAACAACAACAGCAACAGCAGCAGCAAAGAGGAAUGGGAGGUCCGAUGGGAAAUAUGGGUUUGAAUGUUGGCCUACAGAAUCAGCGCAUGAUGCGUCCUGUGCUGUCCAACAAUCCCGGCCUGAGACAUUUGCUACAGCAGCAGCCUAAUCCGCAGUUUCGCCAGCAGAUGGCUAUGGGCAACCCGAAUCCAAUGGGCCAGAUGGGAUCCCAGAGACCCAACCUUAAUUCCAAUCCCAAUCAGGCUCCGUUCGACGAUGCAAAUUUUGAUUUUAUGUAAAGUGAUAACCAACGACGCUGCGAUGUUUGUUAUAUUUUAUGUUAGGUAUGUUAUGGUGAAUCCGAGUGUAACAAAUAUAAUUUGAUCGGGGAAAGAAUAAUUUGAUAACGAAAG